GUGGAGUGUGGUGACGUUGCUCCUGGCCUGUUUUCCGAGGUUUUUGCUGAAGGAAAACGUUGAGCGUUAUAUCAGCUAUCAGAGGUCUGAGACAGGUUCUGCAAGGAGGACUAGCAAGAAAUCCCAACUUUCACUGUUGAGUUCCGUCCCCUACUUCGGCGCCUCCUUUGCGACGCUCCCCGGCUCAAAGCUCGCCCACUGCACGCUCUCAGCCGCGACUUCCGCUCCCGCUUCCCAGCUAGCAAGAUGGCGGAGGAGCAGGAAUCGGUGCUGCAGCUACCUUCUUCAACUGCCCCUGGAGGUGAAGGACUUACGGAGAUUUCCCCAGAAACAACCACUCCAGAUACUCCUUCUUCCGCUGCAGUCUCCCCGGGGACAGAGGAACCCGCUGGCGACACCAAGAAAAAAAUUGAUAUUCUACUAAAGGCUGUGGGAGACACCCCUAUUAUGAAAACAAAGAAGUGGGCCGUGGAGCGAACCCGGACCAUCCAAGGACUCAUUGACUUCAUCAAAAAAUUCCUUAAACUUGUGGCCUCAGAACAGUUGUUUAUUUAUGUGAAUCAGUCCUUUGCUCCUUCCCCAGACCAGGAAGUUGGAACCCUCUAUGAGUGUUUUGGCAGUGAUGGUAAAUUGGUCCUACAUUACUGCAAAUCUCAGGCGUGGGGAUGAACCAUGAGAAAGACAGCUUCCUACUUACAAUGACUUUUCACAGAGGAGACAGCUCUGAAAAGUUGAUACUUGUGGAAAGAGACUUAACAGAUAAGAUCUCUUCAGUGUGUGUCUACUGUGACCCAUGUUUAUAAAUAAGAGAACAUCCAUCACAUGAAUGAACUUAUAAAAAUGUGAUUUGUAUUAAUACACAAAUCAUCACAAAAGGUUGACUUUAGAAUAUGUCUGUUGCUCCUACAUGUUACUAUUGUUAUUGCUGCAGAUCUGCCUCCAAGGUUGAAAAGGAGAUCAAGACACUGAACUACUUCAUUGCUUUUGGUUCUCAAAUUACAAAAUUGUUGUAUAUAAUUAGCACUUAACUGAUUUUUUUCUCCAGCGGUAAAAUUUAAUUUGCCACAUGGUUGUUUUCCUUGUUUUUUUUUUUUGUUUGUUUGUUUGUUUUUGUUUUUAAUUUAUUAAGGGAACUUCAGUUCAUUGGCGAUAUGGGAAAUUCACAUUUAUGUCUACUUGUAAAAUUGCAUUGGCCUGCUGGCUGAGUACCUUAAAUAAUCCAGUAGAGGGCAGCCCAGCUGGCAGAAAGGAUUUGGCAGUUUGGUUUUACAUCCUUGCCAAGCAGUAGUUGGGAAAAAAGGUUUUCCUUGCUACUGCCUAGCCAGGAGAGCAAGCAUGUUAAAGACUGUCUUAGAGAAUAUACAUAGUUUUAACUAUUUUACUGGGAAACAAUUUCAUAAAUUCUGGACAAGUGAAUCUUGUCUAGCUCUUUUUAGUUCUAUCAAUUCAUGAAUUUUGAGUUCCAGUCACAUAACUGUGGUGUUACUCUGUCACUUACUUAUAUAGUGUCAAAAGGACUCAUUGAGUUAACGUGGCAACAUCGUAUUUCAUAAUGCAUUUUCAACUUAGAAGCAUCAGUAAUUGAAAAAUAGCCCUAGCUUUUGUGCAUAUUUCAUGCCGUGACUAAAAGAGUACCAUUUUCACUAAUGCUGUUAGACUAGUAAGUGCUUAAAGUGAGAUUUAACUUUUUUUCUUCAUUCUCUAUUAUAUUUAUAAUGCCAUUUUUUUUUUAAUUUUCCAAUAAACUGAAGGUAAUCUCUAGUAGUAGACAUGUCCUAGAAAGGUAAUGGUGGGAAUGUUAUGACUUUAUUGACAGACUCAAGCUAUGAUUAUGUCCCUUAAAUCCCUGAAUUCACUUUAUGGCCAGUGAUCUGCCACAUGCUAGCAUUUAGGGAUGCUGAGUAAACAGUGAACCUCACAGUAAAGAAGUAAUGACGUCAUCGUUCUCAUUUUUGCUCAAAUGUGAAUUUUAGAGUCUCCUCAUACUGAUGUCCCUGUGUAAUAAAUUAAUUAAUAGAGCUAAUAGCACUAGAAUAAUACAAGUUGAAUGUAUAAAAUUUUAAGAUCAGGGAAGAAAUUUGUGUAUGUAUAUUGAAGACUGCAAAGCAUGCUAUUUUUCAGUUGAUUAAGUUGGAUAUGAAAAAAAAUUGUUCUUUAGUUUUGUCCAUUUACAGUUUACGGAAAGAAGUGAUAACAUUUAUAUGCGUAUGUAUUUCAUAAAUACCAAAAAUGUAUUAAGUUUGUAUGUUAUGUUUGCUACUGAGGUUUCAGAUAACAGACUAUUAACUACCUCAACAAUCAGAAAUUCUCAAGUUUGAAUUGGUAGCAUCAGUUUAAUUAUUUUUUAUCAAAAUAACUUGCUUAUUAACACCAAAAUUAGCUAAAUAUGCAUUAUUUUCUUCCCUAAUAACCUUCAUGAUUAUAUAGGACUUUACACUUUUUCAAACCAUAUUUGCAUUAUUUUCCCUUUAUCCUUACCCAAAGAAUCAUUCUGUGCUAAACUUUUAAAAUUUAUUGGAUAACUAGAACUUAAAACACAAUUGAAUCACAAAUAUUUUUGCAGGCAUCUAGCUUAAGCUAUCUUAAAUUUAAUUAAACUUGGGGGGAGGGGACUAAACUACUGAUAGGUUAUAUUUAAGGUUUUUGUGUUUAUAACUAGAUGUCAGUAAUGUCAUGCUUUAUUUUACUGUGCAAAGAGGACCCACAGCAUACAAAGUACAUAUGAUAUUAGACUAUUUUGCUUCUGUUUUUAAAGUAUUUAUGCCAAAGACCUCAUAAUGAGUUCCUCAUAUUUAGGGGAUAAGAUGAUGUUUCAUCACAAUGAGAUUGGACACUUUCUUGAAUCUAUGAGUUCUAGAAGUUUCAAUCCUAAAGGAACCUGAAAUAUCUAAUCAGAUUAGAUAUGCCCCAGAUUAUUUGACAUUAGUCAAUUUAGUUGUGGCUAACACCAAGAGGGAAAGCCGUGGGUGUUACAGUGUGAAAUUGAGGAUUACCUUUUAGGCAGCUUCUGCUUCACUUUUCCAGGGGUUAUAAUAUUCUAAGUAAGCUCUUGGCACUGUGAACGCCACAUAAAGACCACGUAAUAAAAAGUAUCCAAAAAACAUUUAAUCAGGUUUAGUCUUAUGAUUAAUAUUUCCUACAGCAUUAGUCACCCCAAAGUGGAUUGUCCCCUAUUCCCCGAACACAUUUUGUGUCUGUUUACUGCCUCUAUGGUAAAAUUUACUUAAUACCUUUACCCCUUGAAAUCCUAACUCUUCUUCAAGAUCUAAUUCAGAUAUUUUUUACAGGAAACAGAGUCUUGCUAUGUUGCUCAGGCUAGAGUGCAAUGGCAUCA